UCGAUCGCCUGCUCGAUCGAUCACGGGAUCAUCAUUCAUUCACCUCCUCCGCCUCUCCGCUUUGCUCUGCUCGGCUACAGCACCUCGCCGGCGCCGAGGCAAGGUUGGUUGGCGGCGGGGGCGGCGUCGGUCUGGCCAGCAGGCGCCCGGGUCCAUGGACUCCGGCGAGGCACCUGAUGAGCGGAUUCGCGAGGAAGGGGGUUUCCGGAGGAGCGACCGGAGUGCCAGCGAUACCCUGACUCGGCGUCACGCAGAUGGAGCAGGCUCAGACGCUAAUGGGCAUGACCGCGGCCUCACCAAGCGCGCGAAGGACGAAGUGCCGGACUCACCGGAGCCGCCGCCGGCCGUGGGGCCUCGCCGUGUCCAGAGCAGAGAGGAGCAGUUCGUGUGGCCGUGGAUGGGCGUGCUGGCCAACGUGCCCACCGAGCGGAGAGGCGGGCGGCAGAUCGGGGAGAGCGGGAACCGGCUCAAGGAGCAGCUCGCCGCCUUCUGCCCGCACAAGGUCGUGCCUCUGUGGAGCCACAGAGGCCACACCGGGAACGCCAUCGUCGAGUUCGGGAAGGACUAUGCCUCUCUCGGCAAUGGUCUCAAAUUUGAGAGUCACUUUGAGGCACAGGGCCGUGGCAAACUUAGCUGGGAGGCGAGCAGGUGCCGAGGAGCGCCGGAGAUGAUGUUCGGGUGGGUUGCAAGGGCCGACGAUCGACGGAGGCCGGGGCUGAUCGGGGAGUACCUGCAGAGGAAUGGCGAUGUGAAGUCCGUUGCAGAGCUUGAGAGCGAAGGGACGCGCAAGACUGACAAGCUGGUGGCCAAUUUGGCCAGCCAGAUUGAGGUGAAGGCCAAGCAUGUCCAGGAGCUUGAGUCCAAGUACAGUGAGAGGACUACCUCGAUGGACAGGGUGAUGGAAGAGAAGGAGCUCAUGCUCCAGCGAUACAACGAUGAAAUCCACAAGAUGCAGCAGCUUGCUCGUCGGCACUCUCAGAUGAUUAUCAAUGAGAAUCAGAAGGUCCGUUCGGAGCUGGAUUCCAAGAUGCAGGAUCUUGAGCUCAAAUCCAAGCAGCUCGAUGAGCUUGCUGUGCGUAGCGAAUCUGACAUAAGGAAUCUCGAGAAGGAGAAGGAAAAGAACAUGAUCAAGGCAAAAUAUCUCAAGAUGGCAACAUUGGAGCAACAGAAGGCCGACGAAAUGGUCCUGAAGCUUGUGGAAAAACACAAGAGGGAGAAACAAGCUGCUGUAGAUGAGAUUAUCAAGUUAGAGCAGAAACUGGAUGCCAGACAAAAGCUUGAGUUAAAAAUAAAACAGCUGCAGGGAAAAUUGAAUGUUAUGAAGCAUAUGCCAGGCGAGGAAGACUUUGAAUCAAAGAGGAAAAUUGAUGAACUUAGCAAGGAGCUGCAGGAGAAGUAUGAUGAAAUAAAUGAGAUGGAAUCACUCCAUGGGGCUCUGCUUAUAAAGGAAAGGAUGAGCAACGAUGAGUUGCAAGAUGCUCGGAAGAAGCUAAUAGAUGGUUUGUUGGAUGUCACAACUGGCCGAGCAAAUAUAGGCAUUAAAAGAAUGGGUGAUCUUGAUCUGAAAUCAUUUGCGAUUGCCUGCAAACGUAAAAUGGCAAAAGAAGAUGCAGAAGUUACUGCCUCCAUUCUUUGUUCAAAGUGGGAGGAUGAGAUUAGAAAUCCAGAAUGGCACCCUUUUAAAGUUGUUGUGGAUGGCGGCAAAGCGAAGGAGAUUCUCCGUGAGGACGAUGAGAAGCUGCGGGAGCUGAAGGAGAAGUACGGCGAGGAGGUGUGCACCCUGGUGACGAAGGCGCUGCUGGAGGUGAACGAGUACAACCCGAGCGGGCGCUACUCGGUGCCGGAGCUGUGGAACUUCAAGGAAGACCGGAAGGCGACACUCAAGGAGGUGGUGGAGUUCGUCCUCAAGCAGUGGCGCGCCCUCAAGAAGAGGAAGCGCUGAGCUGAGCACGCUGUUGCGACUGAAGCAGAGUAGUGAGAUACCGAACCUAGAGCAGCUGCUGCUGCACUGACGUCCCAUAUUCCUAUUGUCUGAUGAACAAACAAUUUAGGUCUGACACUGAUAACCUUUGUCUGUUGUGUUCUCUCAUGAACGAUGAUCGACUCUUGAUGUUGGUGAACCUACGGUUGGUUGUCGGAGUUUAAUGGCCGGAUUAUUCAGUGAAUGCUGCUAAUUUGAGAUUCUGAAGUGGCAUUUUA